AUGGACUGCAGCAGCAGCAGCGGCGGCGGCGGCGGCGGCGGAACACGGAAUCACGCCGGGACGGCAGCGACAGCAACAAUCACGGUGGAGGAGCAAGGCGCCGCCGCAGAAGCAGCGUCAACAGCACUGCCAACAUCCGAAGCCACGUCCACAACUCGGCGAUACAUGCGCUCCCGCGUCGCCAACGCCUGCGACGGCUGCAAGGCCCGCAAAGUGCGCUGCGAUGGCCGCCUGCCCUGCGGCUACUGCGCCGGCCGCCAGCGGGCCAGCUCGUGCAGUUAUUCGCCCCAGCGACGGCGGCCCGGCGGAAGAGCUGCCCUUCAUUCCCAUUCCCACUCUCAUCCUCAUCCUCAUCAUCUCCGACAGCAGCAGCAGCAGCAGCACCACCACCACCACCACCAACAACAGGUCUCCGGCAAGACGCCUCCGCCCGCUCCACCCCCCGACCGACCCGACCGGCAAAUCUCGGUGGCUGUUGAGCAGCAGCCGGAGAGCGAGGCCGAGGGGCAACAAUGUCGAGAAUCGCCGACGCCGACGCCGCCUCUGCAUCCGCCACCGAUCCGCACUCCCGGCCCCGAACCCCCGUUGGCAGCCGAGGACGAGACCGACGUCCCCCGUGAGGCGAGGCUGCUUUGCGAUGCCCACGGCAAGCUCGUCUUCAUUGGCGACUGCGCGCCCCUGUCCUUCUUCCAGUCGGUGCGCCAGCUCGUCACCACCCGCGUCGGCCAAAACUCUGCCUUUGCACCCGAGUCGAGCCGCUACUCCGUCUUGGAGAAUGCCGCCUCGUCGUCGACGUCGGAGGCGGCCACGUCAGCGCCCGACGGCCGGCGCAGGGGGAGAAUCACCGGCGCCGGCAGAGGCCAUGGCGCCCCGGAGGUGCGGCCCGUCGACGUGGCCGGCGCCGUGGCCGCCUACUUGUCCAUGACGACGGGCCUAAUCGACCUGUUCGACCGCACCCGCCUCGUCGAGGACCUGGUGCUAUGGGCCAACCUGGACCGCUGCUCCGGCUCAGGUGUUGGCGGCGAUGACGACGUGGCCUCCGUCGUAAACUAUCUCGUCCUCGCCAUUGGCCGGCUGCUCGACGACGAGGAGCUCUCGCGCGCCUACUUUGAGCAUGCGCGCGACCGAGCCUACGCCUCCCUCAGCGGCUGCAGCCUCGGCGUCGGGACCGUCCAGGCCUUCGCCCUCGUCACCAUCUACAUGCUCUGCUCAUGCCAGCUCAACGGCGCCUUUCUCUUCUUCGGUAUCGCCGUUCGCGCCGCCUACUCCAUCGGCGUGCACCGCACCGAGGUCAACGCUCGCUUCGGCCAAGAUGGACACCGCCAGCGCGACCGGCUGUGGAAGAGCCUGCGCGUCGUCGAUCUCUUCCUGAGUACGUCCAUGGGCCGCCCGCCGGCCACGUCUGACGUCGACUGCACUGUGUCAUACCGCUGUGCCCCCGCCGACGAGGGCGGUGAUCUGCUCGAUGCGUCGGUCCAGAUCCUGCUCAUCACCGAAUGCAUCGUCCUCGAGGUUUACUCGCGCCGUAAGAUAUCACUGCAGCUGACCGAGGGCAUCUCGCGCCAGCUGCGCGACUGGUCCGUCCGCUGGCUGCCGCACCUCAAGGACGUUGUGGCUGGGCGAGGCGACGCCCAGGCAGUUGGCGCCUGCCAAGUGCUCGCCUCGUACUACUACGCCGUCAUGCUCGUCUCCCGCCCCUUUCUCAUGUACGAGCUCUGUCGGCGUCUGUCCGACGGCGGCUCGACGCCGAGGAGGGCCUUGCCGACGUCGGGCAGGACCAAGCUGGCAGAUGCGUGCAUCGACGCCGCCAGCCUCAUGGUCGAUUCUAUCCUCGACCUUGUAGACAAGGGGCUCUUAAACGUCCGAGUGCCUUUGAUGGUGUCCUGGCUCUUUGCCUCAUCCCUCGUCCUCGGCGUCGGUCUACUCGGCGGAUUCGGUUGCAUUCUAGAAAAGUAUAGUCGCAUGUCCAUCCAGGGCCUCGAUCACUUCUCCAAGACGGAUGGCCACGCCACGCAGUACUCGCUUAUCGCGCAGUCCCUCCUCGCGACGGCGCUCGAGUACUUGGAGCGGCAGGAACUCGAGGAGCGGCAGCGGCGGACCGAGAGCUCGAGCCAGCUCUUUGGCCUAAUGCCGCCCGAGUCGCGUGCGAGGCCAGGGCCGGUAUACCCAGGCACCCGCAACCGCGAGGGUCCCGACAGGGAAAGGGGCCGGCCAUUCUGGGACCACCAAGGCAUGGGCUUGGGCGGCGGGCUGGGGGACGCGGGCUCGGGGCUACUGGGCUUCUCAGAGUCUUUGCUGCAGACCCCACCGGAUGGGGACUUUUGGAACGGAGCAGAUCUGCUGGGGGCGGAGGCGGAGGCGGGCUCGGCCCUCAACCUGUUUCCGCUGCUCGAGGCCGGAGGAGGCAUUGACCUGGCACACUACCUGUAA